AUGCCUGACGAUAUGCCCCUUCGUGAUGUGCGGAGGGGAGCGGGAUGGCCGUGUUUUGAGCAGGACUCCACCGCAACCACCACCUCCCCGUGGGGGGCAGCACCUAGACCAUCAGCGAAAGACGGAUCAAGGGUAGCGCAGUCAUUACCGUCGCGCAAGAGACGAAUCGCGGCCGCGCUCUUCUACUCCCUGCGAGAUCGGCGACACGGGCCGGCAGAAGCAGCAGCAGGGGAGACCGUGGUACCAGGCCUACCGUCGAUAUCUUCUCCCUUUCUAGCUCACCUCGGGGGCGCGGCACACCAUGCUCGAGGGCGAUGCGCGGGGGGGUUCCAACUGGGUGCGGUGACGGCGGUGCGGUCGCCCGGGGACGGCGGAGGGGCAGCUACGGCGGUGGAGGGUGGAGAGGAGUUAAGGGAGGCUUUCAAUGCGGCUUUAGGCGAGGAAGAAUUCCUAGGGCUUGAUGGUUUUCGGGCUCUCGCGGACGUACGUGAGCUGCUGGAGGAUGGCCUCCUGCGAGACUCGGAGGUACUAGCUAUUUGGAAGGCGGUACCCAAGGCCGACCCCGCCGGAGACAGGGUAGAUUUCGUUGGGUUUUCUCAGGCGUUCGCAAGAGUAGAUGCUCUCUUUGAAGAGGAGGAGGAGGAGGGAGGGGAAGAAGGGGUUGCUGAGGCUGGAACCAGCCGUGGUGGGGGAGGGUCAGGAGUUGCGGUGGGACCAGGAGAGACUGAGGCGAGCUUUGUGGAGCUUGUUGGGUCUUCGGAGGGAGUUUUGGAUCUGGCCGGCUUGUUGAGGUGGAGCGAGCUUACAGAACUGUUUGAGGAGGGCCUGCUCAAACAAGAGGAGGUGGAGCAGAUGUGGGAAGGUCUGCCCAAGGUGGCCAACAGGGUGCAAGCGGCGGGGGAGGCGGGCACCGAAGAGGGCAUGCUCAUCAACCUUUCGGGCUUCUUGGAGUUCGAUCGGCAGCUGAGCGAUCUGUUUGAAGACGAGGAGGAGAGCGGCACCGGCGCUGCUGACCAAGACCAGCCGCCUACCGCGACAUCAACAGCAGCAUCAACACCUCCAGCAACCCCCGCCGCCGCAACGCCAGUUGUAGCGGCGGCAGCACCAGCUUCGCCAGAGGCGAUGGACCUCGCGGGCAAGGAGGCCGUAGCGGACGAGGGGACUCCUGAGGGUCAGUUCUUGAGGCUUUCUGCGAACACGGAAGGCGUGCUGACCUUGGACGACCUUCUGGGGUGGACCGAGGUUGCGGAGCUACUGGAAGACGAUUUGAUGAGUCGCGAGGAAGUGGGCUCCAUGUUCGAGUCCUUGCCUAAGACGAAGGGUCGUGGGUCCUCGACCUCUUCUCCUGCCAUCGACGUCAAAGGGUUCGUGGAGUUCGCUCGCAAGCUCGACGAAACAUUCGAGGAUUUCGAAGAGGACGGCGAGGAGACAUCCUCGACCGAUGCAUCCGCUAGAAGUGACGGUACUGAUGCUUCUGAUGGCGCCACGGCGAAUGAACAAUUGCCGGAUAUGACUGCGAGUGAGGCGGUGGUGCCGAAGGAAGGCAACGCGGUGGAGGCAAAGGCGCGCCUCCUAUCCAUGUGCCAGCGGGAGAUGGCGGACUGCGGGAUGGGCUGCGGAGAAGACAAGAGGGCCGAAAUGUUGGAGGCAAUGGAGGCUCUUCUGGCCACUGAGGAGGGAAACCUCGUGCUGGGGGAUGACCUAGGUACCGGCUUGAUCAACACACUCGCGGGGGAAUGGCGCCUUCUUUAUACCUCCAGCAAUGCGAUGGAGUACAACCAGGGAUUGACGGGGCUGGCGAACACGAUCCCCAAUGCCAAGUUCCAAGGGCUGAGGCAGAUCCUGCAUGCUGACGGCAUGGUGUUCGACGCAGAAUAUGAGGAGGAGCUCGUGACUGGUGGUGAUUCAGAGCCACUAAUUAUCACGGUCACUUCUGACUGGGAGGUGAAGCAGACGUCUUCCCUCGUCACAGGCAAAUCCAGCGUCGCCAUUUCCGUAGCCCCGAAGCAGAUCAAGUACGGCUUCAUCACCGUACGGUCGGAGAGGUGGAAGACGCUGAGGGCGAUGAUGCUUCUCGACAUCGCCUAUCUUGAUGCAAAUCUCAGGAUCAUGCGAGGCCAAACAGCGCGACAAAACUUCUUCGUUUUCGUGAGGGUUUAAAGGAGCGAAUGGAGAUGAAGACAAGGGUCCACGGCAACUUCGGAAGUCGACGCCUCCGGAUCGAUCAUCGGUGCAUAGUGAAAUAUGCGAAAUUUGGGGAAGGAGGUGUCACUG